AUUCGCAGCUGUUGGUUUUCGCUGAUUUUCUUGUAGUUUUCUUGCUCUUCGCAGAUAUUAUUAAGGAUCUCAUACUAAGAGAUUCAUUAGCUUCGUUUCAUCUUCGCCAAUUACAUUUUCCAGUCAGAGACUUCUUGGUUCUUUUAGGAUGGCUGUAACAGAUGAUAUUGUCACGAACAACCCUGAAGAUCAUCUCCCUGUUGAAGUAGGGGAGAUUUUGAACUCUUUGGUUUCUGGUUGGAAUGAUAUUAUUGAUCCAAAUUCCUUCCGAGUGACCGCAUUAAAGGGUGCAAUGACUAAUAAAGUUUUUCAGAUAAACUGGCUGAAAAAAACAGAGGAACUUGGACAUAAAGUUCUUGUUCGCCUUUAUGGUGAGGGCGUGGAUGUCUUCUUUAACCGCGAUGAUGAGAUCCAAACUUUUGAGUGCAUGUCAAAGCAUGGGCAGGGGCCUCUCCUUCUUGCGCGGUUUCCAAAUGGUCGAAUUGAGGAGUUCAUUCAUGCACGGACAUUAUUAGCUCGUGACAUGAAGAACUCUGAAAUAUCUGCUCUAAUAGCAGCUAAGUUGAGGGAGUUCAAUGAUCUUGAUAUGCCAGGUCCAAAGGAAGUCCAACUCUGGGACAGACUGAGAAAUUGGAUUAAAGAGGCUAAACGUUUGUGUGACCCUGAUGAAGCCAAGGAAUUUCGUUUGGAUGCUUUAGAGGAGGAAAUCCUUGAACUGGAAACAAAAUUGUCUGGGGACCAUCAGUCUGUUGGAUUUUGCCACAAUGACUUGCAGUAUGGCAACAUAAUGAUCGACGAGGAGACAAGUUCGAUCACUAUAAUUGAUUAUGAGUAUGCCGGUUUCAACCCUGUUGCUUAUGAUAUUGCUAAUCACUUCUGUGAGAUGGCUGCAGAUUAUCAUUCUAAUGAUCCUCACAUUUUAGACUUUGAUCGAUAUCCAGAUUUGGAGAACCGCAAAAGAUUUGUCCAUAUAUAUCUUAGUUCUUCAGGGGGUGAACCCAGUGAGCUUGAGGUGGAGCAGUUACUCAAUGACAUUGAGAAGUAUACUCUUGCGAGCCAUUUGCUUUGGGGCUUAUGGGGAAUAAUUUCGGACCAUGUCAAUAAAAUCGACUUUAAUUACGCAGAGUUUGCAAGACAGAAGUUCAAGCAGUACUGGUUACAGAAAUUCACAAUCUUGGGAAAUUCAGGAGCCUCUCCCCCUGUUUGAAUAUACUAAUAAGACUGUUGUUGCUUCAUCUUAUUUUCUACAUCAUGUAAAUAUAUUCAAUUACCACAAUUUCCUGUAA